AUGCACAUCAAAUCUUAACCUUUUUUCUUUGUCUCCAAACCAUAUCAAGUAUAUUAUAUUAUUAAAUUAGAGUCCAGAUUGCUAUCCAAUUAGAUUGGAUAGUAGGGGUUCUCAGGUGGAUGUACUAAAAGUGUUUUAUUUAGAAUAAUUAGUGA